AUGCUCGAGCGGACAGCCGGUCGGCUGGUCGGCUGGUCGGCUGGUCGGCUGGUCGGCUGGUCGGCUGUUCGGUCAGUCGACCGACAAGUGUGCCUGCCCGUCAGUCUAUCUUUGAGUGGCUUGGUCAGACGGACUGUCGGUCACUCGGUCGAUCGGUCCGUCGGCUCGCCGCCUCGACUGUGGAAUGCUCGUGCGGACAGCCGGUCGGCUGGUCGAUCAGUCGUCCAUUAA